GCCAAAAUGGCGAUGCCUACAACCUAGAACUGGAUUGUGCGAACCUUAUGUCCUUUUCUUUAGCUCCAUUUCUUUCACCUCAAAGCUGGCCGCCACCGCUGCCACCUGCUCAGAGUGAAAUCAUGAAGGUGGUCAACCUGAAGCAAGCCAUUUUGCAAGCCUGGAAGGAGCGCUGGAGUGACUACCAAUGGGCAAUCAACAUGAAGAAAUUAUUUCCUAAAGGAGCCACCUGGGACAUUCUCAACCUGGCAGAGGCAUUACUAGAGCAGGCCAUGAUUGGACCAUCCCCCAAUCCUCUCAUCUUGUCCUACCUGAAGUAUGCCAUUAGUUCCCAGAUGGUGUCCUACUCUUCUGUCCUCACAGCCAUCAGUAAGUUUGAUGACUUUUCUCGGGACCUGUGUGUCCAGGCAUUGCUGGACAUCAUGGACAUGUUUUGUGACCGUCUGAGCUGUCACGGCAAAGCAGAGGAAUGCAUCGGACUGUGCCGAGCCCUUCUUAGCGCCCUCCACUGGCUGCUGCGCUGCACGGCAGCCUCUGCAGAGCGGCUCCGGGAGGGCCUGGAGGCCGGCACUCCAGCCGCUGGGGAGAAGCAGCUUGCCAUGUGCCUUCAGCGCCUGGAGAAAACCCUCAGCAGCACCAAGAACCGGGCCCUGCUGCACAUCGCCAAACUAGAGGAGGCCUCAUUGCACACAUCCCAGGGACUUGGGCAGGGUGGCACCCGAGCCAAUCAACCAACAGCUUCUUGGACUGCCAUCGAGCAUUCUCUCUUGAAACUUGGAGAGAUCCUGGCCAAUCUCAGCAACCCACAGCUCCGGAGCCAGGCUGAGCAGUGCGGCACCCUCAUUAGGAGCAUCCCCACGAUGCUGUCUGUGCAUGCGGAGCAGAUGCACAAGACCGGCUUCCCCACUGUCCACGCUGUGAUCCUGCUCGAGGGCACCAUGAACCUGACAGGCGAGACGCAGUCCCUGGUGGAGCAGCUGAUGAUGGUGAAGCGCAUGCAGCAUAUCCCCACCCCACUUUUUGUCCUGGAGAUCUGGAAAGCUUGCUUCGUGGGGCUCAUUGAGUCUCCCGAGGGUACGGAGGAGCUCAAGUGGACAGCUUUCACUUUCCUCAAGAUUCCACAGGUUUUGGUGAAGUUGAAGAAGUACUCUCAUGGAGACAAGGACUUCACUGAGGAUGUCAACUGUGCUUUUGAGUUCCUGCUGAAGCUCACACCCUUGUUGGACAAAGCUGACCAGCGCUGCAACUGUGACUGUACAAACUUCCUGCUCCAAGAAUGUGGCAAGCAGGGGCUUCUGUCUGAGGCCAGCGUCAACAACCUUAUGGCUAAGCGCAAAGCGGACCGAGAGCACGCACCCCAGCAGAAAUCAGGAGAGAAUGCCAACAUCCAGCCCAACAUCCAGCUGAUCCUCCGGGCGGAGCCCACUGUCACAAACAUCCUCAAGACGAUGGAUGCAGACCACUCUAAGUCACCGGAGGGACUGCUGGGAGUCCUGGGCCACAUGCUGUCCGGGAAGAGUCUGGACUUGCUGCUGGCUGCCGCCGCCGCCACUGGAAAGCUGAAAUCCUUCGCCCGGAAAUUCAUCAAUUUGAAUGAAUUCACAACCUAUGGCAGCGAAGAAAGCACCAAACCGGCCUCCGUCCGGGCCCUGCUGUUUGACAUCUCCUUCCUCAUGCUGUGCCAUGUGGCCCAGACCUAUGGUUCAGAGGUGAUUCUGUCCGAGUCGCGCACAGGAGCUGAGGUGCCCUUCUUCGAGACCUGGAUGCAGACCUGCAUGCCUGAGGAGGGCAAGAUCCUGAACCCUGACCACCCCUGCUUCCGCCCCGACUCCACCAAAGUGGAGUCCCUGGUGGCCCUGCUCAACAACUCAUCGGAGAUGAAGCUGGUGCAGAUGAAGUGGCAUGAGGCCUGCCUCAGCAUCUCAGCCGCCAUCUUGGAAAUCCUCAAUGCCUGGGAGAAUGGGGUCCUGGCCUUCGAGUCCAUCCAGAAAAUCACUGAUAACAUCAAAGGGAAGGUAUGCAGUCUGGCGGUGUGUGCUGUGGCUUGGCUUGUGGCCCACGUCCGGAUGCUGGGGCUGGAUGAGCGUGAGAAGUCGCUGCAGAUGAUCCGCCAGCUGGCAGGGCCACUGUUUAGUGAGAACACCCUGCAGUUCUACAAUGAGAGGGUGGUGAUCAUGAACUCGAUCCUGGAGCGCAUGUGUGCCGACGUGCUACAGCAGACGGCCACGCAGAUCAAGUUUCCCUCCACUGGGGUGGACACGAUGCCCUACUGGAACCUGCUGCCCCCCAAGCGGCCCAUCAAGGAGGUGCUGACGGACAUCUUUGCCAAAGUGCUGGAGAAGGGCUGGGUGGACAGCCGCUCCAUCCACAUCUUUGACACCCUGCUGCACAUGGGCGGCGUCUACUGGUUCUGCAACAACCUGAUUAAGGAGCUGCUGAAGGAGACGCGGAAGGAGCACACGCUGCGGGCGGUGGAGCUGCUCUACUCCAUCUUCUGCCUGGACAUGCAGCAAGUGACCCUGGUCCUGCUGGGCCACAUCCUGCCUGGCCUGCUCACUGACUCCUCCAAGUGGCACAGCCUCAUGGACCCCCCAGGCACUGCUCUUGCCAAGCUGGCCGUGUGGUGUGCCCUCAGUUCCUACUCCUCCCACAAGGGACAGGCGUCCACCCGCCAGAAGAAGAGACACCGGGAAGACAUUGAGGAUUAUAUCAGCCUCUUCCCCCUGGACGAUGUGCAGCCUUCGAAGUUGAUGCGACUGCUGAGCUCCAAUGAGGACGAUGCCAACAUCCUUUCGAGCCCCACAGACCGAUCCAUGAGCAGCUCCCUCUCAGCCUCUCAGCUCCACACGGUGAACAUGCGGGACCCUCUGAACCGAGUCCUGGCCAAUCUGUUCCUGCUCAUCUCCUCCAUCCUGGGGUCUCGCACCGCUGGCCCCCACACCCAGUUCGUGCAGUGGUUCAUGGAGGAGUGUGUGGACUGCCUGGAGCAGGGCGGCCGUGGCAGUGUCCUGCAGUUCAUGCCCUUCACCACCGUGUCGGAACUGGUGAAGGUGUCAGCCAUGUCCAGCCCUAAGGUGGUUCUGGCCAUCACAGACCUCAGCCUGCCCCUGGGCCGCCAGGUGGCUGCUAAAGCCAUUGCUGCACUCUGAGGGGCUUGGCAUGGCUGCAGUGGGGGCUGGGGACUGGUGCAGCCCCAGGCGCCUCCAAGGGAAGCAGUGAGGAAAGAUGAGGCAUCGUGGCUCACAUCCGCUCCACAUGGUGCAAGAGCCUCUGGCGGCUUCCAGUUCCCCGCUCCUGACUCCUGACCUCCAGGAUGUCUCCCGGUUUCUUCUUUCGAAAUUUCCUCUCCAUCUGCUGGCACCUGAGGAGUGUGAGCAGCCUGGACCACAAACCCAGUGGUCACCCCUGUGUGCGCCCGCCCCAGCCCAGGAGUAGUCUUACCUCUGAGGAACUUUCUAGAUGCAGAGUGUGUGUGUGUAUAUACAUAUAUAUAUAUAUAUUUGGUAAUAUGUGAGGGAUAUCUCCCUUUGUUCAUGUGUAAAUAAAGCUCCUCGUGGGUCCCUUUG